AUGAAAAACUUGACUAACAACUUUCGAAAAGUAGAACCGUCUAGACCUCCCAAAUUGGACUCGGAAGAUCCUGAUGUGGUGUUUAGAAAUACUGGGGGAUAUAGCGCAGUACAAAAACCAAUGGAGGGCGGGUACUUUGAAAUAAGUAGGUCAAAUAACACGUUUGAGACGAUCCAGACAGAAAGCGACAACCACUAUGCAGAUCGAUCGUAUCACUGA